AUGUCAAACUGCGAUUUGGAUCUCCGGAGUCGGAGCCGUUCUCUCGGUUUGAAACGGAUUUUAAGCCCGUUCCAUUCAGCGGCUGUUGCGUUAGCAGAUGUGUUCUACGUUGUGGUGCAAACCAACUCAUGUGUAUCACUGACUGCUGGAGUUCACACAGUCGUCCAACCUGUUUUACUGAGCUGCAUUUCUGUCCGACUGCGCUUCCGCCAUGUUGAGCUGAUUCAAGUUGUAAGUGACUGCUGGGACCGAAGUGACAAGCCUCAGAAACUGGACCAGAUAGAGUAAAGGGGGCUGUUACCGCGCCGGUGACGCAGGAAAAACACACAGAAACAGAGGAAAACGUAGGAUCGAGGUCUUUCCAGUUGCAGGUUUGUGUCCUGCAAAGCUGUCGCUGUUAUAGGACACGUUUAUGUAAUAGACGACGACACCACCAUCGCUGAAGGCUGGACGUAGCCCAUGAAUAGGGGGGAAGUCAUAUCAAAUUCCUGGUUAUGCAAUGGUCUCAGCAACACAUCCAGAUCUCCAGGUGCUUGUGUCCCUCUCUUGUGUGUUCGGACUCUCUUCCCUCUGCUCUACAGCUGAGGUGGCUGUGAUUUCCCUCCUGGCCAGCGCUCCCUAAGAGGCCAAGAUUGCCAAGAUCUGCCCCGUGGCGAGCAUGACGGCCACCACGCGUGGCUCUCCAGUGGGGGGCAAUGAUAGUCAGGGCCAAGGCCAGGCACCUGAUGCUCAAAGCCAGCCCCCACUGCCACAGAACCAGACAUCGUCUCCUAACUCAUCUAAUGAGAACUCCCCAGUGAGCCCACCAGAUGAGCAGGCUCAGGUGGAUAGGCCCCCUCAGCUGGAGGAGGAAGAGCCUGCUUUCCCUCACACUGACCUAGCCAAGCUCGAUGACAUGAUCAACAGGCCUCGUUGGGUUGUUCCAGUUUUGCCAAAAGGAGAAUUAGAAGUUCUCUUGGAAGCUGCUAUAGACCUGAGUAAAAAAGGGCUGGACGUGAAGUGUGAGGCCUGUCAGCGGUUUUUCAGGGAUGGUCUGACCAUUUCCUUCACGAAGAUCCUGACAGACGAGGCAGUCAGUGGCUGGAAGUUUGAGAUCCAUAGAUGUAUCAUUAAUAACACACACCGUUUGGUGGAGCUGUGUGUGGCAAAGCUCUCUCAGGACUGGUUCCCUUUAUUGGAGCUGUUAGCCAUGGCCACCAACCCCCACUGCAAGUUCCACAUAUACAAUGGCACACGGCCCUCGGAGACCGUCCCUGCUGGAGCACAGCUGCCUGAUGAUGAGCUCUUUGCCCGACCACCAGACCCACGAUCUCCUAAGGGUUGGUUGGUGGACUUAAUAAACAAAUUUGGCAAUUUAAACGGGUUUCAAAUAUUGCACGAUCGCUUCAUGAGUGGCCAAGCACUGAACGUCCAGAUCAUCGCUGCACUUAUCAAACCUUUUGGCCAGUGUUACGAGUUCCUCACAUUGCACACAGUAAAGAAGUACUUCCUUCCAGUCAUCGAGAUGGUUCCCCAGUUUCUAGAGAAUCUCACGGAUGAGGAGCUAAAAAAAGAGGCCAAGAACGAAGCCAAAAACGACGCACUGUCCAUGAUAAUCAAGUCUCUAAAGAAUCUGGCCUCUCGUGUACCAGGGCAGGAGGAGACCGUGAAGAAUUUAGAGAUUUUUAGAUUAAAAAUGAUUCUUAGGUUAUUGCAAAUUUCUUCUUUUAAUGGCAAAAUGAAUGCACUAAAUGAAGUUAACAAAGUGAUCUCCAGCGUGUCCUACUACACUCAUCGUCAUAACCCCGAGGAAGAGGAAUGGCUGACUGCUGAGCGGAUGGCGGAAUGGAUCCAGCAAAACCACAUACUGUCUAUCGUGCUAAGAGACAGUUUGCACCAGCCGCAGUAUGUCGAAAAACUGGAGAAGAUUCUUCGCUUUGUUAUUAAGGAGAAAGCUCUUACCAUGCAGGACUUGGACAACAUCUGGGCAGCACAGGCUGGUAAGCAUGAGGCCAUUGUAAAGAAUGUCCACGACCUUCUGGCUAAGCUAGCAUGGGACUUCUCGCCUGAGCAGCUCGAUCAUCUUUUUGACUGUUUUAAGGCGAGCUGGACCAACGCCAGCAAGAAGCAGCGUGAAAAGCUGCUGGAACUUAUCCGGCGCUUAGCAGAGGACGACAAAGACGGGGUGAUGGCCCACAAGGUCCUCAACCUACUGUGGAACCUGGCGCACAGCGAUGACGUUCCUGUAGACAUUAUGGACCAGGCGCUCAACGCUCACAUCAAAAUAUUAGACUACAGCUGCUCACAGGACAGAGACACGCAGAAGAUUCAGUGGAUAGAUCGCUUUAUAGAGGAGCUGCGAACCAAUGACAAAUGGGUGAUCCCUGCCUUGAAGCAAAUCAGAGAAAUCUGCAGCCUCUUCGGUGAAGCUCCUCAAAAUCUUAGAAAGAAAAGGCCAAUUUACAUUCAAACGAACUUAGUCGGUCAAACCCAGAGAAGUCCACACGUGUUUUACCGGCACGACCUGAUCAACCAGCUGCAGCAUAACCACGCUCUGGUCACCCUCGUGGCCGAGAACCUCUCGGCUUACAUGGAGACUAUGAGGCAGUUAUCCAAAGAAGAACAAGCGGAGUUUGAUCCUCAGACGGUCAGACCAGGAAGUCGCUACAGUCAUGUCCAAGAAGUACAGGAACGACUCAACUUCUUGAGGUUUCUACUAAAAGAUGGCCAGCUGUGGCUGUGUGCCCCUCAAGCCAAGCAGAUCUGGAAGUGUCUGGCAGAGAAUGCUGUGUUUCUCUGCGACCGCGAGGCCUGCUUCAAAUGGUACUCCAAACUUAUGGGUGACGAACCAGACCUGGAUCCAGACAUCAAUAAGGACUUCUUUGAGAAUAACGUUCUACAGUUGGAUCCAUCUCUGCUGACGGAAAAUGGCAUGAAGUGCUUUGAGAGGUUCUUCAAGGCUGUCAACUGCAGGGAGGGGAAGCUGGUAGCAAAGCGCAGGGCUUACAUGAUGGAUGAUUUGGAACUAAUAGGCCUGGACUAUCUAUGGAGGGUGGUAAUUCAAGGAAGUGAUGACAUUGCUAACCGAGCCAUAGACCUGCUGAAAGAGAUUUACACCAACCUUGGUCCCAAACUACAAGUCAAUCAGGUUGAGAUUCACGAGGAUUUCAUCCAGUCCUGCUUCGACCGUCUGAAGGCAUCUUAUGACACCCUUUGUGUUUUGGACGGAGACAAAGACAGCAUUAACUGUGCCAGGCAGGAAGCCAUCCGCAUGGUACGCGUUUUGACUGUCCUGAAGGAGUACAUCAAUGAGUGUGACAGCGACUACCACGAGGAGAGGACUAUACUGCCCAUGUCCAGAGCUUUCAGAGGAAAGCACAUAACGCUGAUCGUACGUUUCCCAAACCAAGGUCGCCAAGUAGACGAUUUAGAUAUCUGGUCGCACACCAACGACACGAUUGGCUCGGUGAGGCGUGCCAUUCUAAACAGAAUAAAGGCUAAUGCUGCACAUACAAAGAUCGAGUUGUUUAUCGGCGGUGAGGUCGUGGAUCCAGCUGAUGACAGGAAGUUGAUCGGGCAGCUCAGUUUGAAGGACAAAACGUUGAUCACAGCCAAGCUGACCCAGGUGAGUGCCAACAUGCCCUCAAGUCCAGAUAGCUCAUCCGACUCGUCUACUGGCUCUCCUGGUAACCAUGGAAACCACUACAGUGACGGGCCCAACCCUGAGGUGGAAAGCUGUCUGCCCGGUGUGAUUAUGUCGCUGCAUCUGCGAUACAUCUCCUUCCUGUGGCAGAUCGCUGAUCUGGGUUGUAGCCUCAGCAUGCCUCAACUAAGAGAUGGAGCUCGUGUUCUCAUGAAGCUCAUGCCUCCUGAUAACACCACAGUAGAGAAUUUGAGAGCUGUGUGUUUGGACCAUGCCAAGCUGGGAGAGAACAGCCUGAGUCCUUCGUUGGACUCCUGCUUCUUUGGCCCCUCCCCCUCACAAGUGCUCUACCUCAUAGAGGUUGUGUAUGCUUUGCUGAUGCCAGCCAGUGCCACUCUUGGUGAAGAUGCUAGUGACUUCCAAUAUAACUUCCUAAAGAGCGGCGGUCUGCCCUUGGUGCUCAGCAUGCUCACCAGAAACAACUUCCUCCCAUCAGCAGACAUGGAAACCCGGAGAGGAGCGUACCUCAAUGCACUAAAGAUUGCAAAGCUCCUGCUGACCGCCGUCGGUUUUGGACAUGUGAAGGCGGUGGCUGAGGCCUGCCAGCCCAACGCCGAUGGAAAUAUUCCCGUCUCUCCGAUCAAUCAGGCCACGCAUGACCAAGCGCUGGUUCUUCAGAGUGCCCUGCAAAGCAUCCCUAACCCGGCCUCAGAGUGUAUGUUGCGUAAUGUAGCCAUUCGCCUGGCCCAGCAGAUCUCUGAUGAGAAUUUUUUCCAGGCGUCAAAGUACAUCCCAGACAUUUGUGUAAUCCGAGCAAUACAGAAAAUUGUGUGGGCAUCAGGCUGUGGUACAGUGCAGCUCGUCUUUAGCUCCAAUGAGGAAAUCAGCAGGAUAUAUGAGAAGACAAAUGCUGCCAAGGAACCAGAUGGGGAGGACGAGCAGGUGUGCUGCGAGGCCUUGGAAGUCAUGACCCUGUGCUUUGCCCUCAUGCCCACGGCUCUCGACACACUGAGCAAAGAGAAGGCUUGGCAGACUUUUAUCAUAGACCUCUUGCUACACUGCCACAGCAAGUCCGUGCGACAAAUGGCUCAGGAGCAGUUUUUCCUCAUGGCCACGAGAUGCUGCAUGGGCCACCGACCCCUCCUCUUCUUCAUCACCCUCCUAUUCACUGUGUUGGGGAGCACAGCCAAAGAGAGAGCCAAACAUGCAGGGGACUACUUCACCUUGCUCAGACAUCUGCUAAACUAUGCCUAUAACAGCAACAUCAACCUGCCAAACGCCGAGGUGCUGCUUAACAAUGAGAUCGACUGGCUCAAGAGAAUACGGGAUGAGGUGAAGAGGACGGGAGAGACUGGCGUGGAGGAGACGAUCCUGGAGGGUCACCUUGGAGUCACCAAAGAGCUCCUUGCUUUCCAAACACCAGAGAAGAAGUACUACAUUGGCAGCGAGAAGGGAGGAGCCAACCUUAUAAAGGAGCUGAUUGAUGACUUCAUAUUCCCAGCAUCAAAUGUUUACCUGCAGUACAUGAAGACUGGAGAGUUCCCCACGGAGCAGGCCAUCCCGGUGUGCAGCACUCCUGCCUCCAUCAAUGCUGGCUUUGAGCUCCUGGUGGCGCUGGCCGUUGGCUGCAUGCGUAACCUGAAACAAAUCGUUGACACCCUGACUGACAUGUACUACUCAGGUGGCGAGACGCUGACCGAGUGGGAGUACUUGCCUCCAGUUGGGCCCCGGCCCAAUAAAGGUUUUGUAGGUCUAAAGAACGCCGGUGCCACUUGUUACAUGAACUCUGUCAUUCAGCAGCUGUACAUGAUCCCUCCCAUUCGCAACGGCAUUCUGGCUAUUGAGGGAACGGGCACGGAUGUGGACGAUGACAUGUCGGGGGACGAGAAGCAGGAGAACGAGAGUAACGUAGAUCCUCGUGAUGAGGUCUUCAGCUACCAUCACCAGUUUGAUGACAAACCCUCCAGUAAGUCAGAGGACAGGAAGGAGUACAACAUCGGAGUGCUUCGUCACUUGCAGGUCAUCUUCGGUCAUCUCGCUGCUUCCAGGCUGCAGUACUACGUCCCAAGAGGGUUCUGGAAACAGUUCAGAUUGUGGGGUGAGCCAGUCAAUCUGAGGGAACAGCACGAUGCUCUGGAGUUUUUCAACUCUUUGGUGGACAGUUUGGAUGAAGCUCUGAAAGCUCUGGGUCACCCCGCCAUGCUCAGCAAGGUGCUGGGGGGCUCUUUCGCUGACCAGAAAAUCUGUCAAGGGUGCCCUCACAGGUAUGAGUGUGAGGAAUCGUUUACAACACUUAAUGUGGACAUCAGAAACCACCAAAACCUGUUGGACUCCAUGGAGCAGUAUGUCAAAGGAGAUCUGCUGGAAGGAGCAAAUGCCUACCACUGUGAGAAGUGUAAUAAAAAGGUGGAUACUGUAAAGCGCCUGUUGAUCAAGAAGCUUCCACCUGUCCUCGCCAUCCAGUUGAAGCGCUUUGACUACGACUGGGAGCGGGAAUGUGCCAUCAAGUUCAAUGACUACUUUGAGUUCCCCAGGGAGCUGGAUAUGGAGCCCUACACAGUAGCGGGUGUGGCGAAACUAGAGGGGGACGACGUGAACCCGGAGAACCAGGUUAUACAGCAGAACGAGCCGUCUGAGUCCACACCGCCGGGCAGCUCCAAAUACCGUCUGGUGGGAGUGCUGGUCCACUCAGGCCAGGCCAGCGGCGGACACUACUAUUCCUAUAUAAUCCAGAGGAACGGGGGGGACGGGGAGAAGAACCGCUGGUAUAAAUUUGAUGACGGGGACGUCACGGAAUGCAAGAUGGACGACGAGGAGGAGAUGAAGAACCAGUGCUUCGGUGGGGAGUAUAUGGGCGAAGUGUUUGACCAUAUGAUGAAAAGGAUGUCGUAUCGGAGGCAAAAGCGCUGGUGGAACGCGUACAUCCUGUUUUACGAGCGAAUGGACUCGUUGGACAAGGACAGCGAGCUUGUGAAAUACAUCUCGGACCUGACCAUCUCUUCCACCAAGCCGCAUCAGGUCAAGAUGCCCACGGUCAUAGAGUGCAGCGUCCGCAAGCAGAACGUCCAGUUCAUGCACAACCGAAUGCAAUACAGCCUGGAAUAUUUCCAGUUCAUAAAGAAACUUCUGACCUGUAACAGUGUCUAUUUAAACCCUCCUCCAGGGCAGGACCAUCUGCUGCCAGAGGCAGAGGAGAUUGCUAUGAUCAGCGCUCAGCUGGCUGCUAGGUUCCUCUUCAGCACAGGUUUUCACACCAAGAAAGUAGUACGGGGUCCUGCCAGUGACUGGUAUGACGCCCUCUGCAUCCUGCUGAGACACAGUAAGAAUGUACGUUACUGGUUUGCACACAACGUCCUGUUUGCGUACCCUAACCGCUUCUCCGAGUAUUUGCUCGAGUGCCCCAGCGCUGAGGUCCGCGGAGCCUUUUCCAAGCUCAUCGUCUUCAUCGCUCACUUCUCCCUGCAAGAUGGCCCCUGCCCCUCCCCCACCGCCUCACCUGGACCGUCUGCUCAGGGCUGUGAUAAUCUCAGUUUAAGUGACCACUUGUUGAGAGCCGUUCUAAACCUGCUUAGAAGAGAGGUUUCUGAACAUGGCCGACAUCUACAGCAGUACUUCAACCUCUUUGUCAUGUAUGCCAAUCUGGGGCUGGCAGAGAAGUCUCAGCUGCUGAAGCUCAAUGUUCCUGCCACUUUCAUGUUGGUCGCUCUAGACGAGGGUCCUGGUCCUCCCAUUAAAUACCAGUAUGCAGAACUGGGCAAGCUCUACACUGUGGUCUCCCAACUGGUCCGCUGCUGUGAGGUCUCUUCACGCAUGCAGUCCUCCAUCAACGGUAACCCUCCCCUUCCAAACCCGUACGGGGAUCCCAACCUGACAGCUCCGGUGAUGUCUGUGCAACAGCUAGUGGCAGAGAUCCUGUUUGUGAGGACGAGCUACGUAAAGAAGAUCAUCGAAGACUGUAGCAACUCGGAGGAGACCGUGAAGCUCCUUAGAUUCUGCUGCUGGGAGAACCCUCAGUUCUCCUCUACUGUGCUCAGUGAACUCCUUUGGCAGGUGGCAUAUUCUUACACGUAUGAGCUGAGGCCUUACCUGGACUUGCUGCUACAGAUCCUCCUCAUUGAAGACUCCUGGCAGACGCACAGGAUCCACAAUGUACUGAAGGGCAUCCCUGAUGACAGAGACGGGCUGUUUGACACCAUCCAGCGCUCCAAAAACCACUACCAGAAGAGGGCCUACCAGUGCAUCAAGUGCAUGGUGGCCCUCUUUAGCAACUGUUCUGUGGCUUACCAGAUCCUACAGAGUAAUGGUGACCUGAAAAGAAAGUGGACAUGGGCGGUGGAAUGGUUGGGGGAUGAGUUGGAGAGAAGGCCGUACACGGGGAACCCCCAGUACACCUACAACAACUGGUCCCCCCCAGUUCAGAGCAACGAAACCUCCAACGGGUAUUUCCUGGAGCGUUCACAUAGUGCACGUAUGACACUUGCCAAAGCCUGUGAACUCUGUCCUGAAGAGCUCAAGUGUACACAGGAAAGCCCAGGGAAGGAGCCGGAUGAGCAGGAAGCACCUGAUGAUCAAGACUCCUCCCCUCCUGAAGAAACCUCUCUGUACCCACAUUCUCCUGGAAGCACCCAGUUUCAGCAGAACAACCACCCCCAUGGGCAGCCUUACACUGGGCCUGCUGCUCAGCACAUGAACAACCCCCAGCGCCCCGGCCCAGCCUCUGCUCCGACUCCCGGCCCGGCCCAGACCCCCGCCUCAGGCCCCAGCACCACCCCUGGUUCAGGCCCGCGACCACAAGAGCACUGGGAGGGCACCGAGGAAGUGGCCCCCGUCCCCGCCUCCACCCCAGCACCUGCCCCCCCGAAGGAGUAACCCUCCCUCCCCCACCUCUCUGACGUGCCUCAAGCCUCCAUCGUCCGGCUCUCUUUCCUCUCAUCCUUCGAUCAACAGAGCUCCUCGUCGGGCGUCUCUUUCUCUGUGUCUCUCUCUGGCCCCAGGGCAGGGCAAAGCCAGGCCUCCCACCCCACACCUCCUAGCAACAUCCUCUCCCAGUCAGACAGCCUGUGGGGGCACUCUUCCCUGGCCUGGAGCUUGCCUGGCGGUGUGACAGGGAGCCCGUCGGCUGCAGAGGCGAGAGACUGGACAAGAGUUGUAAUUAAACAAACAUACCCAGAGCUGACGAUGGCGAUGCGCUUGUCUACACGACAAAAAGAUGUACAUAGUAUGUUAAUGUUUUGACUGUUCAGCUCCCCCCAGUAGCAUAACUCUGUGGUUUGCUGUUGGGAGACGUUGCAGAUGUUAUGAAAAACAAAACGGAUAUUAUUAAUAAGAAAAAAUCCCCGAAAAGCUGUAAGGAGACGGCAGUUCCUCUUUGUUUUAUCACCCAUGUUCGGCAGUAAAGUUUAUUCCACCAUCGGACGGUCUCUGCUCAUCCAGCUGUAGAAGGACUUGUUGUGAUUAUCAUAAUUACAUUAUUAUCCUUAAGCUCCUUGGCAACCUUACGACCCCAUGCCAAAUCGACUCACAAGCUGUGGUUGGUUUUAGUGUGAAAAAAAAACAGCAAAAAGAAAAAAAAACGGAAUGGUUGGGUUGGACUUUAAAUGGUGUUCGGUUGAUGUGAAAAAGCAGUGAUGCAACAUUGUUCUGAAACUCAUUGCCUUUCUUUCUUUUUUCUUUCUUUUUCUUUCGUUCUGAUGAUUCAUUCAAUCCUUUUUGAAGCUCUAGUUAAUGUGCUGUAACAUUUAGCAUGGCUUCUCACCAGAAUAGUGUAGCCCAAGGGAAGACUUGUCGUCAUAACAACCGGAAGCUGUUCUUAAUCCCCAUCUCCAGAGGGUUAUUUUCUGUUUUUGUUUUUUUCUUUUCUACUCAUGUACCCUAUAUACAAUAAGGGCGAUCUUUUGAACCAAUGUAUAAGUGGCUUUUCAAUUGCACAUUUAUAAUCCUCCAACUCCACAUUUGGCAGUUUUAUUUUGGCGGGUAAACGGCUUAUCUAUAGGAAUUCAGAAAACUGAACACAUAUGCAACAGGAUUGCACUGGGCUAUCUGGUGUAUUAUAGACUGUGUGGUUUGCUUCUGUCUCUUCCGUAGAGUCUUCGCUGUAGACAGACUUGUCCCCCCCCCACCAUCAGCUUCCUCUGUGACGCGUCGUCGGGCAGGUUGGCUGCAGUUUGGGACCCCCCACCCCAUCCCACUCCACACAGAGAAGCUCCACAGCAGGGUUUUUUCCGGAAGAAUAGCGGCUGGUUAGUUACUUUGCAACUUGAGCUAACUUGUAAUUCUGUAGGAGUAAAAGGUAAACCUCGGUAAAUACUGUAUUUAAUUGGUAACUUGAAUGCGUAUAUUUUUUUUCUUUUUCUUUUUGAACAUUUUUUUCUUUUUUUUUUCUUUUGUCUAAAACAUACCAAAUACUCCUGCAAAUGAAAAUAUUCUGCCCAUCGUAUUUAAAUAUUUUGCUCUUAUUUUAUAGAAUUUAUUUUGUUGUAUUUCACUAAAAAAAUAGAAUUUGAUUUAAGAGGAACAUUUUUUGUCCUUGUGUUAUUUUUAAAGAAAAUAUUGACUGUACAGAGUUCUGCGCCCUGUUUUUUGCCGACUUUUGUUUUGGCCAUGGUGUGACGUUGAAUUCUGGAGCUACAGUCGCGAUGUGGACUUUCACUUUGUGAGGUUUUUUUGUGCACAGAAAUAUAACAAAAAAAGCAUUGCGCCCUUAGCAAAUAAAGAACAUGGAAUCUUG